AUGGACAUUCUUCACAGAUCUUACGAGUAUGGCAGAUCGCCUCUCGCAUCUUCACCUCAAGUUUCAAUACCACGCAAUGCAUUCCUGUUUGGCGGCAACAUAUCCCAAUCCCUAUCACCUCUUCUUCAUGGAAUCCUCUUCAAACCAAUGUCAGCACCUAUCGCGUAUCAUCUUUGCCAAACAACUGAAGGAAAUACAUUCCUGGAGUACCUCCGCGACCCGACGACUAUCGGAGCGUCUAUCACUAUGCCCAACAAAGUGACAUUCGGCCCUCUUCUUGACGACUUAACCGAAGAAGCACAGGCCAUUGGAGCCGUCAACACCGUAUUCUCUCGGAUUGAUGCUGUCGGGAAGCGACGAUGGAUCGGCACAAAUACAGACUGCGUUGGGAUCCGCGAGGCUAUCCUUCAACACAAUCCUAGCUCUGUCGCUAUCGCAAAAGACAAACCAGUUAUGGUAAUUGGAGGCGGAGGUGCGGCUCGAAGUGCGAUCUAUGCGAUGUGGAAAUGGUUCUCUCCUUCUGAGAUCUAUGUCGUGAAUAGGUUGGAGUCGGAGGUUGAUGAGAUCAUCGAGUUCUUCAGUUCAUCCAUUCCAGGGAUUAGAAUCCGCUAUAUUCCUGACGUAGAUUCAGCACAGAAGCUUCCAUCUCCUUCAAUAAUUGUGGGAACGAUUCCCGAUUAUCCGCCCUCUACUCUAGAGGAAAGCGUGUGCUGGCAAAUCUGCGAGAAAAUCAUCGGUCAUGCUGACGGGGGCGUGUUGGUCGAUAUGUGUUAUAUGCCAUCGCCUGAAACGAGACUUUUGAAUGUAGCCAUGAAGGCUGGAUGGGAUGUGAUUCGAGGAACGGAGGUUCUUGUACGGGUAUGUGUUGCACAACAGGUUUUGUGGUUGGAAAGGGAGGCUAGAGAGGAAGGGGUAAAGGAGGCUGUGGCAGCUAUUGUACCAAAAAGUGGUGCGAGGCUUUAG